AUGUUUGGGGUCCCACCUCUCUACACUUCUCUGCCGCCCACCAUCGAUACGCUCGAGACCAAGACUACCGCAGAGCAGCAAGAUACUGUAAAAAAAAUAUUGCCUUACUAUUCCGGGAACCCGUAUAACUUUAAGCUCAAUUCUUAUGGCAUUCCGAAGCUUCUGAGAAACGCCCAUUCGCAGUAUCUCUCUGAAGGCUUGGGCGAAUAUCCCGAGGGCUUUGUUGGUAUGGAUGCAAGUAGGCCUUGGAUUCCGUAUUGGAGUCUUUGCGGAUUGUCACUCUUGGGCGAAGAUGUCUCAGUUUUUCAAGAAGGAGCGGCGGAUACGUACAGAGCAUGCCAGAACCCUACUGGAGGGUUCGGUGGCGGUCACGGUCAAACAUCCCAUGUCAUCACAUCCUACGCCACUGUACUUGCUCUGGUGACCGUAGGCGGAGAGGAGGUCUACGAACUUAUCGAUCGCAAGGCACUAUGGCACUGGCUUGGGAGUAUGAAGCAAAAGGACGGCGGCUUCACCGUUACUAAAGGUGGAGAGGAAGAUGUUCGCGGCGCGUAUUGCGCCAUGGUAAUUAUCUCGCUGCUCGACCUGCCUGUGCAGCUUCCACCAGACUCUCCGGCGAGGGUAAAGGGCGACGAGACGUUCAUGACCGGCCUCCCCGAGUGGAUUUCCCUCUGCCAGACAUUCGAAGGUGGUAUCGGCGGCGCUCCAGACAACGAAGCCCAUGGAGCGUAUGCAUUCUGCGCCUUGGCAUGCCUCUGCAUUAUGGGAGCGCCGCACGAAAUAAUUAACAAGUACCUUGAUGUGCCCUCUCUGAUCCAUUGGCUGUCCUCCCGGCAAAUGGCGCCCGAGGGCGGUUUCGCCGGCCGCGCCAACAAGCUCGUUGACGGCUGCUAUAAUCACUGGGUCGGGGGUUGCUGGGCCCUCGCUGAGGCCGCUAUCAGCACACCCACCGCGCCCGCCACCCCACUCCCCACAGAGCUUUGGAGUCGCGAGGGCAUGAUACGCUACGUGCUGUGCUGCUGUCAGGGCAAGAGAGGCGGCUUGCGCGACAAGCCAGACAAGCACGUCGACGGCUAUCACACCUGUUACAACCUGUGCGGUCUCAGUGCAGCCCAGUACCGCUACACCUAUGCUCAGCCUGCGGAACCAAAGUUUACUCCGCCCCUGAAUGCAGGCUUCAACUGGACCGCGUCAGACCUGGAAGCGCACGAACGCAUCUUUGAUGACGACGAUCUUGUCGGCAAGAUCAACCCAGUUUAUUGCGUGCCCUGGGGCGCAGCUGAGACGGCGCGGGCGUACUUUGAGAAGAAGGCUGGGUUCUGA